GCAGAUUUCAAUAAUUACAAAUUUCGUUUGCCGUCGUACGCAAACCGAGUUGAUUUGCGUAUUUAGUUCAGAGGUCAUCCAGCAGCUGUCACCACUUGUCCUCUUACGAAGAACCGAAGCACAUACAAAAUGACUGAAGGAUGCAAAAUUUUCUGUGGGGGUCUGCCAUGGCAAGCCAAACAAGAGGACCUGAAGGCCUAUUUUGGCACAUUUGGCGAGAUUGUUGACUGCAAAGUGAAGACCAAUGAAGAGGGAAAGUCAAGGGGAUUCGGAUUUGUUACAUUUGCAACUCCCGAAGCCUGUGAAGCAGCCAUGGCACAGAAAGUUCACACCAUGGAAGGUCGAACUAUCAACAUUGACAAAGCCAAGGUGCCAGAAAACAACAGAAAAGUAUUCUUAGGUGGACUACCUCCAGAAAUCUCCAAAGAAGACCUAGAAGAACAUCUUAAACAAUAUGGCGUGAUUUCAGAACUUACUCUUCCAUACGACAACUUGAAGAAAUGUAGGAAAAACUUUGGAUUUGUCCUGUUUGAACUUGAAGAGAGUGCCAAAGCAAUGUUAAACAACCCACAACAAAAUAUCUGCGGGAAAGAUGUUGAGGUGAAGAAAGUGACCGGAAAGAAGAAUGAUGCUGGGUUCGGUGGUGGAUUUGGCGGCGGUCGAGGUGGAUUCGGAGGACGAGGAGGUGGCGGAUAUGGUGGAGGCGGCUACGGAGGAGGCUUCGGAGGUGGCCGUGGUGGAGGACGUGGACGAGGUGGUCCACGUGGUGGCGGCCGUGGUGGACGAGGCGGUGGUGGAGGAUAUGGUGGUGGCGGCUACGGAAGCGAUUAUAGUCAAGACUACAGCCAAAAUUCAUGGGGAGGUGGCGGCUAUGACCAGAACAGCUAUGGUGGCAGCAGCCAAGGCAACUGGGGUGGAGACCAGGGAUACAGCAGUGGAUUCUCAAAUGGCGGUGGUUAUGGAGGAAAUAACUAUGGCGGUGGCUACUAGGCAACCAUAGUUCACCAUAGCAACCUUUGUAAAGACUAGAGAACAUCCAGUAACUAUGUCAUCUGUUGCUAAGCAACUGUUGCUAAGACUAUGUAAUAACAAAGAUUGGAUCUCGUUUUUUAACACUUCUAAGGGACAUUAUAAAGGAAAUGAAACUCGGGUGAAACUUUGUAGAACUUGUAAAUACAAUAAUCUCUAUGAUCAAGAAGAACUAUUUAUUCUACGAUGUAUUAAUAGAUUCUUAGCUGUUGUAUUGAAUGUAUGUAAAAUUGUA